AUGGGGCAAUGUUACGGGAAGGUUAAUCAGAGCAAGCAAAAUGCCGGAGACGAAGCUAACACGACUACUUAUGUUGUUUCCGGCGACGGGAAUCAGAUUCAGCCUCUAACUCCUCCUGCUUACGGACGAGCUAAGAACACUCCGGCUAGGUCAUCCAAUCCGAGUCCUUGGCCUAGUCCUUUCCCUCACGGAUCAGCAGCGAGUCCUCUUCCCUCCGGUGUUUCUCCGUCGCCGGCGAGGACUUCGACGCCGAGGAGAUUCUUCCGACGGCCUUUCCCGCCGCCGUCUCCGGCGAAACACAUCAAGGCCUCGUUGAUCAAACGGCUUGGAGUGAAGCCUAAGGAAGGGCCGAUCCCGGAGGAGCGAGGGACGGAGCCGGAGCAGUCGCUCGAUAAGAGCUUCGGCUACGGGAAGAAUUUCGGAGCAAAGUAUGAAUUGGGGAAGGAAGUGGGUCGAGGGCAUUUUGGUCAUACUUGUUCUGGCCGUGGGAAGAAGGGAGAGAUUAAAGAUCAUCCCAUUGCCGUCAAGAUCAUCUCCAAGGCUAAGAUGACAACAGCGAUUGCAAUUGAAGAUGUUCGCAGAGAGGUGAAGUUAUUGAAAUCGUUGUCUGGACACAAACAUCUAAUCAGAUAUUACGAUGCAUGUGAGGACGCCAAUAACGUAUACAUAGUCAUGGAGUUAUGUGAGGGUGGAGAACUAUUGGACAGGAUUUUAGCAAGGGGUGGUAAAUAUCCAGAGGAGGACGCAAAGGCUAUUGUCGUACAAAUUCUAAAUGUGGUUUCGUUUUGUCAUCUCCAAGGAGUUGUGCACCGUGACCUAAAGCCUGAGAACUUUCUAUUCACAUCUAGCCGUGAAGAUUCAGACUUGAAGCUUAUUGAUUUUGGUCUCUCAGACUUUAUCAGACCUGAUGAAAGGCUGAAUGAUAUAGUUGGAAGUGCAUACUACGUGGCGCCUGAAGUGCUACACAGAUCAUAUAGCCUUGAGGCUGAUAUAUGGAGUAUUGGAGUUAUUACAUAUAUACUCUUGUGUGGAAGCAGGCCUUUCUGGGCACGCACAGAAUCUGGAAUCUUUCGCACCGUGCUGAGAACCGAACCUCACUACGACGACUUACCUUGGCCUUCUGUUUCACCAGAAGGUAAAGAGUUUGUGAAACGACUUCUCAACAAAGACUACAGGAAACGAAUGUCUGCAGUGCAAGCUUUGACACAUCCGUGGUUACGAGAUGAUAGUCGAGCGAUACCUUUAGAUAUUCUGAUAUACAAGUUGGUCAAAUCCUAUUUACACGCUACACCUCUUAGACGGGCUGCUUUAAAGGCUCUAGCAAAAGCAUUGACUGAGAACGAGCUAGUCUAUCUUAGAGCACAGUUCAUGCUCUUGGGACCAAACAAAGACGGAAGCGUCUCCCUCGAAAACUUCAAGAUGGCGCUAAUGCAAAAUGCAACAGACGCAAUGAGAGAAUCCAGAGUUCCUGAAAUUCUUCACACGAUGGAAUCUCUAGCGUAUAGAAAGAUGUAUUUUGAGGAGUUUUGUGCAGCAGCGAUAAGCAUCCAUCAGCUAGAAGCUGUUGAAGCUUGGGAUGAGAUUGCAGCCACCGGUUUCGAGCAUUUCGAAACCGAGGGAAACCGAGUGAUCACAGUUGAAGAAUUAGCAAGGGAACUGAAUGUGGGUGCGUCUGCGUACGGACACUUGAGAGAAUGGGUAAGAAGCAGUGACGGGAAGUUGAGUUUGUUAGGGUUCACUAAGUUCUUGCAUGGAGUCACUCUUCGUGCUGCUCACGCAAGACCUCGCUAG